AUGCAGUCACUCCAAGCUUCAUCUCCAGCAAUGUCUCCUUCUUACAAAAACUUGAAGUACAAGCAUUGCCAUUCACCAGUCGAAUUAAAAGAUAAAAUGCGAAAGGAUUACAAGACCAAGAUUCAGCACUGUAGAGAUAUGCUGUUAAACAGGUUUAGAGAAUCCAAUGUAGAGAAUGAACUUCAAUGCACAUUAAAUGAGUUAUAUAAAAAAACCUUUAAUUUUACUGAAACAUUAUCUUUAAAUGAAGAAGAAAAUGAACUAUUAGAGGAAAUAAAAAAUGAACUAAUUCAAGAAGAGCUUAAAUGGUUGAAUGAAGAAUAUGAAAAAUCACAAAUGGACAACAUUGAUUGGUCUUCAUAUCAAGUUGAAGACCAUGUUAUUUGCCCAAUUUGCCAAAAGAAUAAUUUAAAACUUUAUGACGGGCUACUUAAAUGUGACAUAUGCCAUAUGGAGAUAAGGACCCAAAUAACGUCUCUAACAGAAAUCAAAAGUAAUAUUUUUAAAUCAAUGGACAAACAUACUUCUGAAUGUCAUACCCAGUUUUCAAUAAUUUCUGAAGGAGACCAAAGCCAUAUUUAUCUAAUAUGUGAUAGUUGUUUCGACAUACAAUUAAUUGUUUAA